AUGCUGUCCUCGCGCCCGCCCGAGGUCGACGAGUUGGAGCGGAAGAAACAGCAGCUCGAGAUCGAGGCGAAGGCGCUGGAGCGGGACAAAGACAACACCUCGAAGGAGCGGCUGAAGGGGGUGAAGGCGGAAAUCCAGCGCAUCGACGACAAGCUCGGGCCAAUGCUGGAUAAGUACAACCAAGAUCGCCAUCGGAUUGACGAGCUGCAGGCGAUGCAAACCAAGCUGGAUGACAUGCGCGUGAAGCUCGAGCGUGCAACGCGAAACCGGGACAUGGAGGUGGCGGCGGAUCUCAAGUACAACGCCAUCCCCCUCUUACAAGAUCGCAUUCUCUCGUUUAAGGAGCAAAUAGAGGCCCAGAAGUCCAUGGCCGAGGCCACCGUCUCGGAGGCCAACGUCACGGCCGUGGUCUCACGCUGGACCGGGGUUCCCGUUGACAAACUCAAUCAAAGUGACCGGGAGCGCCUGCUAAAUCUCACCGAUCACCUCCACAAGUAUGUCAAGGGCCAGGACGAGGCGGUGGAACGCGUCGCCGAUGCGAUUUUGCGGGCCCGCGCGGGGCUUUCGCGGCAGAAUCGCCCCUCCGGCUCGUUCAUCUUCCUGGGGCCGACCGGCGUCGGGAAGACGGAGCUCGCCAAGACCGUCGCCAAGGAACUCUUUGACAGUGAAAAGUACAUGUUGCGUAUUGACAUGAGCGAGUAUAUGGAAUCGCACUCGGUGGCGCGUCUGAUCGGCGCACCGCCGGGGUAUAUUGGACAUGAAGAAGGCGGACAGCUGACGGAGCCGGUACGUCGACGCCCCCACACCGUGGUGCUGCUCGACGAGGUGGAAAAGGCACACCCGAAUGUAUUUAAUAUUCUCCUGCAGCUUUUGGAUGACGGGCGGCUGACCGACUCGCAUGGACGCACGGUGGACUUCAGCAAUACAAUUGUCAUCAUGACCUCGAACAUCGGAACGGCCUACUUGCACCACAUUGGGUCAUCCCCCCACGCGUACGAAGCAGCCCGGGUCAAGGUCAUGGGGGAACUAAGAAAUUUUUUCCGACCCGAGCUCCUCAACCGAAUCGACGAUAUCAUACUCUUCCGCCCCCUUGGUUUUGAUGAAAUGGAUGGCAUCAUUGAUCUCAUCAUCGAGGAGCUAAAUGGGCGUCUGAAGGAGCAGAUGUUGCGUGUUGUGGUAACCGAUGAAGCCAAGCAAUUUAUUAUCAGGAGUGCGUUCGAUGCUGAGAUGGGCGCGAGGCCGCUUCGCCGAUGGGUUGAGAAACACAUCACGACGGAGCUUAGUCGGAUGAUUAUUGCGCAAGAGCUUCCUCCGAACAGUAGUGUGCGCAUAACAUACAACCAAACACAGGAAAAGCUAUCUUUUUCUUUAAAACGCGCGAGUCCGUCGUAA